AUGGCGCACGACGGCAAUGCGACGCCUGGCGACGAGGGCGAAUUCGAGGGCGACAGCUGCGAGUUGUCGUUCCUCGAGGAGGCGAGCGAGCUGCAGCGCCUCGUCGCCAUACUCGUGCCCUCCGCGCAGUCCGAUCGGUCUGGAUCGGUGCAAUGCGGUGUGUCGAAUUUCGGAAUCGCAGAGGCGGAUGAGGAUGCGCAACGAAGGCGCGCGGUGGAAGACGGGGAGAUGCGCGACGACCCGCGGGCAGCAGUGCUGCUCCGCUUCGAAACCAUCUGCGCCAAGUACCGCGAGCAGCCGGAGCUGCUGGACCCGCACCUCUCCGCGCUGCUCUCACCCGCCAUGGCCUGCCUCUCCGCGCACGCGCUCGCUGCCGCGGCCGCGCUGCCCUCCGCGCUUGCGGGAGGCUCCGCGGGGUCGGGGGAACUCGAGCGGGCGAUGGGGGAGGCGGAGGCGCAGCGGAUGGUGCGGGAAGUGGCGGGGGCGGCGUGCGUGGUGCAGGUGGUGGCGUACGUGCGCGGCGCCAAGGUCGUCUGUCGCUUCUUCCCCAACGCGCCCUCCCACCUCGAACCCGCGCUCGCGCUGCUGCUGCUCGUGCUCCGCCUCUCGCCCGCGCCGCCCAAGGUAGCGCUGCAGGGAUGCAGUGGUGGGGGAGCGCGGAUGCAAUGGUGGGAUGCAGUGAAGGCGGGGUCGGAGGUGGGGGUGGCGGUGGAGGCGGUGGAGCAGUGGCGCGUGCACUAUGUGCUGCUCUCGUGGCUCUCGCACCUGCUGCUGCUGCCCUUCUCCCUCCCCUCCCUCGACUCCAACCUCUUCGCCCCCCAACCCCCCGCCUCCCUGCAACCCUCCUCCCUCGAACACUCCUCCCAACCGCCACCAGCAGCAGCAGUGUCAGCACCCGUGGCGUCCCAUGUGCUCCACCGCCUCCUACCACUCCCCACCGCUGCAUGGGAAGGGAGGUUGUCAGAAGCAUGGUCACUGCCCGACGUGCUGCUGCGAGCGUGCCUCACCUUCCUGCCCAACGGCCGCCUGCCCGUCCCCCUCAUGCUCGCCCGCCUCCUCUCCCGCCCCGAAAUGCACUCCCCCCUCGCCUGGUUCAUGGAAGAGAGUCGCCGCCUUGUGGCCUCGCUCUCUGCCGCCCUGCCCUCGCCAGCCGCUCUUCCGGACGGCCCGCCAGGCAGGGGAGAGGGAGCAGCAGUGGUGGCAGUGGAGGAGGGGAAGGGGCGGGCACCACUGUCGGAGGAGCUGCUGGCCCCUGUCGUCCUCACCCUCGCCGCCAUCUUCAAGACAGCCCCACGUGCUGAGCUCACUCACCACACACACCCAGUGUGGGCCACCAUCCUCCUGCCCCUCCUCCACUCCACCUCGCCUUCCAACCUUCCCCACUCCGCGGGCUCCUCUCCCCACCCCAUGUGCGCGCGUCCUGUCUCACUGCUGCUCCCCCUGGCCCUCGUGAAGCUGCUCCAUCGCCUCGCCCUCUCCCUUCUGCCGCCCCGCCAGCCCUCCUGGCGCUACCAGCGCAGCAUCCAUCGGGUGGACGCCCCCCCCUCUGCAGCCCCCCCCGCGCCCUUGCCAUCGCCAGCAGCAGGAGGUGCUGGGCCGGGCGCGGAACAGGGGGUGGCGGCAAGUGCGGAAGGAGUGGGAGGGGCGGAGGAGAGAGAGCUGGGGCGGAGAGAGGGGGAGGGGGAGGGGGAGGAAGAGGGGGAGGAGGAAGAGGAAGAGGAGGUGGCGGAGCUGGUGGAGGAGGCGGUGGGGGAGCUGCUGCCCAUGCUCAAACACGAGUCAACGGAUGUGCGGUGGGCGGCAGCGCGCGGCCUGUCGCGGGUGGUGGGUGGCUUGCCAGCUGGCAUGGCGGACGAAGUGGUGGCGGCCGUCAUUGCCUUGGUGGACCCGCACGAGCUACCAUCGGACAGUGCAUGGCAGGGCGUGUGUCUGGCACUCGCAGAGCUGGCAGCCAGAGGGCUGCUGCUGCCGUCGCGCCUGCACUCCGUCACGCCGCUCCUCGCCUCCGCGUUGCACUACGAGGUGUUGCGGGGGGCGGUGGGCACGGGGGCGCAUGUGCGCGAUGCAGCGGCGUAUGUGUGUUGGGCCAUCGCCCACUCCUUCUCACCGCCCGUUGCUGCUGCCUCCCUGCAGCAGCUAUGCCCUCACCUCCUCGCCGUUGCCUGCUGUGACCGCCAGAUGAAGUGCAGGUGGGCGGCAGCAGCGGCCUUCCAGGAGGUGGUGGGCCGCUUUGGCUGCAUCUCCGACGCCCAAGCGCUCUCCACACCCACCACCCGAGGCACACCCCAUGCCUCCACCAGAGGACCUAGCCAAGGAGGUGAUGCGGUGGAGAGUGGUGCGGAGAAGGAGGAGCAGUGGGUGCCAGCAGGGGGCAUCGCCAUAGUGAAUGCGGCUGAUGUCACGUCGCUGUCAUCCACUCGCACUGCAUUCACUCAGGUGCCCACCACAGCCGCAUCUGUCAGUCUGAGAAGCCUUCUUUGUCCUCAUCUGCCUUUGCCCUUUAGCACAUGCACAUGCACCACACACGUGCCCCCGUUACCAUCAUUUCUCCUCGCCUCCCAUAUCUCCUCCUGCCUCUCCUCCUGCUGUCCCCCCUGCUUCCAGGUGGCACUAUUCGUGGCAGGCUAUCCGGAGUACCGCGAGCAGCUGUUGCUCAAGCUAGCAGCCAGCACGCACCACUGGGACAAGGCCAUCCGCGCCCUCGCAGCUGAAUCCCUCGCCGCCAUUGUCCCUCUUGACCCGCCCCGCCUCCUCUCCCUCUUGCACCUACACCUCCUCCCCCUGCUCGCCUCCCCCGACCCCCCCUCCCGCCAUGGGGCUCUCCUCGCCACCGCAGCCCUCCUCCCGCCCCUCUCCGCCUCCCCGCCCUCCCCGGCCCUCUCAGACACCCUCUCCUCACUCACCGCCUCCCUCCCCACGCUGCUCGCCCCGCGCUCCUUCCGAGGGCGCCUAGCUGCGGAUCUCAAGGUGGCCUGCUGCCGCCUGCUCUCCGCGCUCGCUGCUGCACUGCCCCGCGCACAACUGCCGCCCCUGCCCACACCUGCUCUCACUGUGGCUACUGCUUGCCUGCAUGACAUGCUGGCAGGGGAUGGGGGGGAGCUGCAGUGUGCGCGGGCGCGCUUUGUCUCGUCAAUCCAGGAGGCAGCAGCAGCAGCCCUGUGGGACCUCGCUCGCACCCAGCAUUCCCCUGCUUGCACAGACUUUGCUCGCCAAAUAAUAACGCGCCACGUGGCGACUCUGGAGUCCGCCAGCUCAGCAGCGAGUGCGAGGCGAGGCGCUGUGCUGGCGCUGCAGUGCUUCCUGCCCAGCCUCUGCCCCGCCUGGCCCUCCGCCUCUCCCCUUGACUCCCCUGCUGCUGGCACUGACAACGUGGGGCUAGGUGUGGGGGGCGCAAACACAGGGCUAGAGGACGGAGAAAGACAUGGGGAGACGGAGGGGAGAGGGGGUGAGGGAGGGGUGGAUGAGGGUGAGAGGUCAAGGCGCGAGCUGGCAGAGCGGGUGGUGAAGGCGCUGUGUGCUGCUGCCACCGACAAUCGGGGGCGUCGUGCUGUGACUGACGUGGCAGUGCGCGCAGCAGCAGUGGAAGCGCUGGGUAAUGCAGCCAGCAUCAUUCCCCUCCUGCAGGCCGGCGGGGCAGGCGCAAGGGGGCACACAGGGACGGGUGGGGGAGAUGGGGCAGAAGCGGAAGGGGAGGGCGAGAAGGAGGAGGUUGAGGACUACACGGAGGACCAGCGGGGUGACGUGGGCCGCCUCGUGAGGGAAGCUUCCAUGAAAGCGCUGGUGGCGUGGGUGGAAGAAGUGUACAGAUUGAGAGAGGUGUGGGAGGGCGAGGUGGGAAAUGCACCAAGUAACACUGACGCAGCACCUGACGCCCCAUCGUCUCAGCGGCGGCACAUUGGGGUUGGGGAAUGGUGCAGAGCGGUGGCAGGGCGGGUGGUGGGUGUGCUGCUGAAGCAGGCGGGGGAGAAGAUUGACGGCACCCGCAAGGUGGCGGGGCAGGGGCUGCAGCGGCUGCUGUGGGGGAGCAAGCACGGUGCAGCGAUGGCAGGGACACAAGAGACAAGAGGGGAAGCAGGGACUGCAGAGGCAGUUGAGGCACGUGGUGCUGGUGGCAGCACGCAGGGGGCAUCAGGUGGAGGCGGGGAGGAGACGGAUGGAGGAGGCGCAGUGAGUCAAUGCGUGGGCGGCACGGCAGAAGGGAGCGGUGUGUGCAGGGAUGUGGAUGGGUGGGAGCAGCUGAGGCAGCACGUGCCCUCCGACCCUCACUUCGCAUGGAAGAAUCCUGCGGCUGUCUUUCCCCGUCUGGCCCCGCUGCUGCUGCUGCCAGCCUACCGCCUGCCACUGCUAUCAGGGCUGCUUCUCUCCGCGGGCGCUCUCUCCCACUCCCUCACUGCCGCCUCCCUGCGCGCCCUGCUCUCUCUCAAACCAGCUGAGGGGACACAGGGGGCUAUGAGGGGGACAGGAGAGGGGGGAGAUGGUGGGCAGUGGGAGGAGGUGCAGGGGCGGAUAGCAGAGGACGUGGUGGUGCUGCUGAGGCGGCACCGCAAGCAGAAUCGAGUCAUAAUCCCGUACAUCAAGGCCAUCGCUGCUCUACUUCAGGCGGAUUUCUUUGGGUCGUUAUCAGCAGACACCCCGGCUUCAGAUGAGCCUGCCACUCCCACCACCUCCCUCGCGGCUCUACCUGGGGUGUUGGUGGGGAGUGUGGAGGAGGAGCUGUGCCGCCCACAGCCCACGGCAUCGGUGCCCAAGAUGCUGGCGGCCGUCGACCUGCUCUGCCACCUCGCCGCCCCCCUCUGCUCUGCCCGCCAGCAUGCCCUCUCCACGCUACUCUGGCUGCUCGCCGUGCGCUUCCCCACUCUGUGGUUCCACGCGAGCUGCAUCUUCAAAGCCCCGGGACUCAUCACCAAGUCAGUGCCCCUCUGCUCCCCUGCCGCCGCUGCCACCGCUGCCACCCAUGCCACCCCUGCUCUGCUGCCCCCCAGCUCCCCUGCUCGCCUGCGCCCAUCCCUCUUUGCCGCCUCUUUGUGCGCCGUCCGCGCUUACCCCUCUAACACUGCCACAUCCCAGCCCCCACCUUUUUCCGCUCACUCCAUAGCCAAUGCCCGCUUCUCCCCCCAUUCCAUCGCCGCCUAUCCACUGCGCUCCCCCUCCCCCCUGCCACUGCGGCCGACUGUGGCAGACAUGCGCGCUAUGCUGGAGGCCAAUCAGCAGGAGCCAGGUGGCAGCGAGGACGCCCUGAGGGAGCGCUGUGCGGACGGCACGCUGCCCCGAGAACCUGCUGCUGGACGCCAAGAUCGCCUACUUUGGGCUCAGCAAUGGUGGCAUGUACGCCCUGCCCCACCACCUGUGAUACCGCGCAUGCUGCUGGUCGACCCCAUGAAGCGCAUCACCAUCCCCGAGAUCCGCCACCACCCCUGGCUCCUCGCCAAGCUCCCCCGCUACCUCGCCGUGCCGCCGCCAAAUGCUGCCGAGCAGGCCAAACGGAUUGACGAGGAGAUCUUUCAGGUGGUGACGAAGAUGGGGUUCGACCAGGAGCACCUGGCGGAGUCCCUGCGGGAGCGCCGCACGAACACGGCGACAGUGGCCUCGUACCGGCUGCUGGACUCGCACCGCCGCAUCUCCAUGGGCUAUCUGGGCGCCCAGUUCAAGGAGCACAAGGAGGGGCAGCACGACCAGCACGCCACGCACGCGCUUGCAGCCGAUGGGUCCCCGCUGGUAGCCGCGAGGGGAGGGCUGGGGCAUGCGCUGGUGGCGAGGCGGAGUGUUGGGAGUGGGGGGGGUGGCGGGAGCGGGGGGUUGGGGAUGGGGGUGCCGGGGUCGACCGCGCAAUAUCAUCAGCACGUUGUGGCAGAUCGGAAAUGGGCGCUGGGGUUGCAGUCCCACGCGCACCCAAUGGAAGUGAGGGGGGAGGCAUUCCGCGCACUGCAAGCGCUGCAGGACGAGAGAGGCCGCCCGGUGAUUCCUGUGGAGGCGCUGGUGGGCGGCGGGGUUCGGCUGCGGUUUGAGAUGCAGCUGUUCAAGGUGCGGGAUGAGAAGUAUCUUCUGGGCGUGCAGCACGUGGACGGCUCUCACAUGCUCUUCCUCGCACAGCUGCAUCGCCUCCCGAGGUCGGAAGGAGGGGGUUGCCAUGGUGAUGUUGCAGCCCCUCCUUCCCCCAUCUUCAUCGUGGGCAGGGAUAAAAUUUUGAGGAGGAUGGACCUCUCUCCUCUGCACCACCUCUCUCCUCUUUUGCAGCACCUCUCUCCUCUGCACCAGGAUGGAUGCUUUUCCCCUUCUCUGCACCAAGGCGGCUGCUUCUUCCCUUCAGGGUUUGGGGGCACCUCUCUCCUCUGCACCAGGAUGGAUGCUUUUCCCCUUCUCUGCACCAAGGCGGCUGCUUCUUCCCUUCAGGGUUUGGGGGCACCUCUCUCCUCUGCACCAGGAUGGAUGCUUUUCCCCUUCUCUGCACCAAGGCGGCUGCUUCUUCCCUUCAGGGUUUGGGGGCACCUCUCUCCUCUGCACCAGGAUGGAUGCUUUUCCCCUUCUCUGCACCAAGGCGGCUGCUUCUUCCCUUCAGGGUUUGGGGGCACCUCUCUCCUCUGCACCAGGAUGGAUGCUUUUCCCCUUCUCUGCACCAAGGCGGCUGCUUCUUCCCUUCAGGGUUUGGGGGCACCUCUCUCCUCUGCACCAGGAUGGAUGCUUUUCCCCUUCUCUGCACCAAGGCGGCUGCUUCUUCCCUUCAGGGUUUGGGGGCACCUCUCUCCUCUGCACCAGGAUGGAUGCUUUUCCCCUUCUCUGCACCAAGGCGGCUGCUUCUUCCCUUCAGGGUUUGGGGGCACCUCUCUCCUCUGCACCAGGAUGGAUGCUUUUCCCCUUCUCUGCACCAAGGCGGCUGCUUCUUCCCUUCAGGGUUUGGGGGCACCUCUCUCCUCUGCACCAGGAUGGAUGCUUUUCCCCUUCUCUGCACCAAGGCGGCUGCUUCUUCCCUUCAGGGUUUGGGGGCACCUCUCUCCUCUGCACCAGGAUGGAUGCUUUUCCCCUUCUCUGCACCAAGGCGGCUGCUUCUUCCCUUCAGGGUUUGGGGGCACCUCUCUCCUCUGCACCAGGAUGGAUGCUUUUCCCCUUCUCUGCACCAAGGCGGCUGCUUCUUCCCUUCAGGGUUUGGGGGCACCUCUCUCCUCUGCACCAGGAUGGAUGCUACUCCUCUUCUCCUCUGCAAUGGGCGGCUGCUCCCCUUAA